AUGCAUCCGCACAAGCCUCUUUCUCUUGUCGCCUUUCUCACCAUCGUUGCAGGAAUCGUUUUUGUUGUGCGAUAUGGGUCGCAAGGGACUCCACUUCAGGAGAUCGAAAGCUGGAUACGCCCUGGGUUUGUGAAGGAGAAAGCGCCAAUGCCAGCAGCAUGCGAGGACCAAUUGGACUGGCUCGACAUUUAUAAUUUUACAAAUCCCAUACGAUAUGUCUCGCGCGACAUCAUCACCAAGCCCGUAAGCUCACGCCCAGGUUCAGAUCGGCCAUCUCUAACGAUAUUGGACGAGCCGCUCUUCCUCGACCUCGAGACGGCCGAUCUCUCGCAAUCGAAGACCCUGAAAAGCGAAAAAUGUCUUCCUCCCUUGAUCCUCGAGGUGCCGCAUGUUGCGAUGCCCGCAGUCGACGCAUCGAACAUGAUUUUUGGGCUGCAGACGACGAUUCAACGUCUUAAUGACACAGCCAAGCACCUGGCGCGCUGGCUCCCGAACACGAAUGCUCGACUCUUUGCAAUUGUCAUAGACCUAGUCAAGGAUGAGGAAACACCUGCCAACGACCAACAAAUGGCUGCCCUGGAGAAGGAGUUCCACGACAAAGGCAUGAAUGUGUCGAUUAUACACCCAGUCCACCCAGACCACAGUCUCCCACAGAGAUCCUUCUCUCUCGUUGACGUUAUGUACCAAGCGCGAGACAACAAGACAGAGUGGGUUAUUUGUAUAGAUGAGGAUACCUUCUUCCCUAGCAUGUAUGACCUGCAGGCAAUGCUUUCCGCACAUGACUUGUCGAAAGAACAAUACCUAGGCAGUCUAAGUGAGGACUGGUGGUCAGUGAACCAUUACGGACUGAUGGCCUUUGGCGGGGCUGGGAUAUUGCUUUCCUCACCUCUUGCAAAGGUAGUGCACGACCAUAAUGACGAUUGUAUAAAGCACUUGCGGACAACAUCGGGCGAUAUCAGUAUCAUGGAUUGCAUAUACAAAUAUUCGACGACAAAGCUCACGCAUAUCCCAGGCUUACAUCAGCUAGAUAUGGGCGGCGAUGUGUCCGGUUUCUACGAGUCAGGGAGGGAAAUGCUGUCCCUACACCAUUGGAACGGGGGCUGGGGUGCGGCAUUUGAAAUGGAAAAGAUGCACCUGGUAGCCGAUAUUUGUGACUCCUGCUUUUUACAGCGCUGGCAGUUUUCGAACGAAAUGGUACUCACCAACGGCUUCUCGAUAGCGCAUUAUCCGAAAGGAAAUGCUUCUGGAAAGAAACCGGCAGGCGUUUUAGAUACGAGCAGCGUUGAUAAAAUCAAUUUCAACGAAAUGGAACAAACAUGGAGUCCACAAUCGCUGGGAGGGGACGAAAUGGACGUCCAGCAUUCCCUUGCACCGCUGCGAGGCAAACUUCCAGACGAUGUGAAAAUGGGAUACAAGCUGCUAGAUAGCAUGUACAUCGAUAGCGAUCCCACUCGCGGCAAGAAGAAAGAUGUUGUCCGACAGGUAUAUUUUAACGAGGGCGGCGAAGGAGAGAAAGAUACAGUUAUGGUGUUGAACUGGCGUGUUGGAACCAGCAACCCGGCCUCUGCGGCACCUGCUGGCCAAAAUUCGUCCGUGUCGGCCAUAUAG